AUGUCGGAAGCCAGUCUUGUGCAGGCUGAUGGCAAAGCGGAGGCACCUGGAGCAACAGUGACAGCGGAAAGGGUCAACGAUGUAGUGUUGGACUUCGGAUUGGACUCCAUGCCUGCAAGCUCUCAUCUGCUUUGCCUGGCUUCUCCCGUGUUCGACCGCAUGUUGGAGAGUGGCAUGAAGGAAGCGCAGCAAAGCAUCAUCAAGGUGGAGGUGGCCUGCAAGGAGGAGUUCACGGUUUUCUACGACCUGCUUAAGCCGAUGGCAUGGAACAACGAUAAAGUAACCGAGGCGAAUGUUGAUUCGCUUCUUACAAUCAGCGACUACUACCAAGCGGGGAUCAUCAAGGAAGCUUGCGAACAGCUGCUGCUUCGUCUUCCGCCCACGGGCACCCGCCUCUUGCAAGCGCACAAGCAUGGCCUCCAAAAACAGUAUCAAAGGUGCCUGAGUGACUUAGCCGAGCAGAGCACGAAGGAGGAUUUGGAGGUGCUCCACUCCGUGCCGGACAUCCUCCUGGAGCUGGCGCUCCAAAAGCAGGACCUCUUGAACCCACUCCGGGAGAUGAGGAACGAGCUCAUAGGGAUGAAGCAGGAAAUCCUCCGGUGCAAGGCCUCCGUCGAUCGGCCUUUAUUCGAUUGGCAAACCGUCCACUUCACAAGCGGGCACAAAUUUGCUCCCGUACAUGCCGCUGGAAUAUGUGGACUCUUGGAAGCCCGACAACCAUUGCAAAGCUUGCUCGACCGGGUGCUUCAAGAAUUGCCGUGA